AAAAGGUUGUUUGGAGAUACGUUCCAGACCUUUGAACUUCCAGGCAUUGCCAUAGGGCAUGUCUUUUACCUGCUCGGCCAGAGAGAUUAGGUCUUUCACAACGCAUACACACACCUCAUGUCGGUGCCCGAGCCAUGGCCACACUUAUUCCCAAGUCCCUGAGCGGCAUACCCUGGGAAAUACAGACUAUGCAUUUGAGAUGGCCAUUUCAAACAUCCGAUACGGAGAAGGAGUUACAAAAGAGAUUGGCAUGGACCUGCAGAAUCUUGGUGCUAGAAGAGUUUGUUUGAUGACAGAUAAAAACCUCUCCAAACUCCCUCCUGUAAAUGCAGUAUUGAAUUCCUUGGCAAAAUAUGGUAUAAACUUUCAGAUAUAUGAUAAUGUCCGGGUGGAGCCAACAGACCAAAGUUUCCUGGAUGCCAUUAGAUUUGCCAAAAAGGGAGAGUUUGAUGCCUAUGUUGCUGUUGGAGGUGGGUCUGUGAUAGACACCUGUAAAGCUGCCAACCUGUACGCAGCCAGCCCUACUUCAGAAUUCUUGGAUUAUGUCAAUGCUCCUAUUGGGAAAGGGAAGCCUGUCACUGUUCCCCUCAAGCCACUGAUAGCAGUUCCUACAACAUCUGGCACUGGAAGUGAAACCACUGGUGUUGCCAUUUUUGACUUCAAAGAACUAAAAGUUAAAACUGGCAUUGCUUCAAGAGCCAUUAAGCCAACAUUAGGCAUCAUUGAUCCUUUGCACACACUGUCUAUGCCUGAACGAAUAGUGGCCAACAGUGGCUUUGAUGUGCUUUGCCAUGCUCUAGAAUCAUACACCGCUCUUCCUUACAACAUGCGCAGUCCCUGCCCUUCAAACCCGAUCAACCGACCAGCUUACCAAGGCAGCAACCCUGUCAGUGAUGUCUGGGCUCUUCAUGCUCUGCAUAUUGUGGCUAAAUAUUUGAAAAGAGCCAUCAGAAACCCUGAAGACCGUGGAGCAAGAGCCAACAUGCACCUGGCAAGUGCUUUUGCUGGUAUUGGCUUUGGCAAUGCUGGUGUCCAUCUCUGCCAUGGAAUGUCUUACCCUAUUUCUGGUUUGGUGAAAACUUAUAAACCAAAGGAUUAUAAUGUGGAUCACUCUUUAGUGCCACAUGGCCUUUCUGUAGUGCUGACAUCCCCAGCAGUGUUCGCUUUCACAGCACAGAUACAUCCUGAGCGGCACUUGGAAGCUGCAGAGAUUCUAGGAGCUGACAUCCGCACUGCCAGAAUCAAAGAUGCGGGGCUUAUUUUGGCAGACACACUCCGGAAAUUCCUAUUUGAUCUGAAUGUUGAUGAUGGCUUAGCUGCAAUUGGUUAUUCCAAAGCAGACAUCCCUGCAUUAGUCAAAGGCACUCUGCCUCAGGAGAGAGUGACUAAGCUAUCACCACGUCCCCAAACAGAAGAGGACUUAGCAGCUCUCUUCGAGGCUUCCAUGAAGCUUUAUUAGCUUAAACUUUGUGUUCUGAAAAGUGUGCUCUAUUCUAACAGAGAGGUAAUUUCUUACAGAUACAGCACUGAAUUUGUUUAGAGCAUGGAAGAACUUGGGUAUUUUUGACCUCUGUUCCAUUGUACACUGCAAAAAGGUCAUGCAAUUCAUCUUUAACUAAACAGUGCUUUGAAGUGAAGACUUUACAGUGGUUUCUUUUUUGCUCAGUAGUCAGUGGUAUUGACUUGCAUAAAAGUUGGAGCAGAUUUCUUGCAGUAGUGAAGGCUUUCUUGUGCUUUAGAGAUGGUCAAAGGUGGGAAAAUGUUUUAAGGGAUAUUCCAAACCAUUUUGCAAAUUAUGCUUCUAUUUAAAUUAUCCAUGAUUUUGUUCUGAAAAGUCACGCUAGUUACAAAAUAAGUAAGAUCAUUAUUAAUUAGGGAGGGGGAGUUCCCUGCAGAAAAUGUCAGCUUACUGUAUUCUGUUCUGCUUAUCAUCAUUUUACCAUCUGAUUUUGCUAAGAAGGCUAUUGAACUGGGGUACUUCUUUCAUUGUUUGGUUAAGAAAAAAAAACUACACACUUUCAUAGUUGUUUGGAAAAGGCUUCCCGAAAAUUUGUUUUGAGUUAAAAUUCUCACAUGUAUUGUCAGAUAUUUAUCUUUCCUUUUAGGAUCUAUGUGAAGUGUUCAUCAGAGGAAUAAAAUCAGAGUAAAACAUGGUCACAUGCUCAACAGGAACCGUGUAAUAGCAAGACAGUAUCCAUCAUGGUCAUUCUGUCUCUGGAGGCAAGAGCUCCUUUUUCCUGCUGUGUUCUGUGGAAGGAAGCUCUCAGCUGUGUCUUACUUUGCUGUGAAUGAAUUGCUUCUGCUGAGCUCUUGCAGGUGCUGUCCCUCACAGUGCAGCCACCAGCUUAAGGAAGUGGCUGUGUGCUGUGGUUCAAUAUUAAAAAUUGGUGGUGAAGCAUAUGGCUGCACAGUGCCCCGUGGGGAGCACUGGUUAAAUGUGGGAAUGAGCCUGCACCUUCAGAGCAGUUAACCAGCUGGUUGACUGUCAACUGAGAAAGGGAAGUGGGGAAGGGAGAAAUGAAACUAAAAUUUUAAUACUAUUUUUCUUUUUUAAAAAGGUUCAUGUGGUUGUGUGUACAGUUCAUUUAAAUCAGUUUCUGCUUCGUGUUGAACUGUUUCAGCAUCUGAUUCAUGCAGCUACCACAGCACAAGACAAAUGUGAGAAGAACCCCAUAACCUCUGGUGUGCUUAUUUCUUUGUGCUGGGAAGGGAGCACUUUUCAGUCACCCUGUUGAAGUAGAAAGCUCUAUACUUUCACCUUUGCAUUUAGAUGUUUGUCUGAUCAAGCUAGUGCUGUCUUAGAAUCUGAGAACAGAUGUGUACUCAGUAUUGACACUGGAUCUGUUUUAGUGCUGUUAAAAUGGGUGGAUGGAUGCUAUGGUUGAAGCCUGGUUGUUUUUAGCAACAGAACAGGUUUAGUUGCCAUAGGACUGCACUGCCUGUAUGCCUCAGCCUGUGCUGGGAUACACAUCUGAUUUCCAUGUCCUUCUGAAUCUUUUCCUCUGCUGAAAUUGCCCACAAGUACCUCUGUCAUGAGGGGUGAUAUAGCAAGAGAUUCACACUGUUGUAUUGUGCGAAGCUUCCAUGUUUUGGAAAAAACCCCUUUUUGUCAAAACCUUCUGUCAAACCCUGUCAUUCAAGGUCAGGCUGGAUGGGACUCUGAACAACUUAGUGUAGUGGAAGGUAUCCCUGCCCAUGGCUGGGGGAUUGGAACUAGAUGAUCUUUAAGGUCCCUUUCAACCAAAACCAUUCUGUGGUUCUAUAUAAACUUUUGGCCUGUUUUGUCUUUCCAGUCCUGUCUUUCUCCAGCACACUUUUUAUUUGCCAUUUAUGCCAAUAUGGCAGUUAUUGGCAGGCUGCAUUUCCAGCUGACAGAACCUCACACUUAACUUCCUAUACCAGGUAACCCAGAGCUCUUGCUAGUUUUUAAAUUAAACCUCAUACCCCCUCUGAUUUUGCAGGUGAGACAAAGGGUUUGAUGUAAUACCUAACCCAGCUUAAGCAGAUGGUGCUGUAAGAAGGACCCUUUCUGUCUUCCAGAGCCCUUUCACAGCAUCAGAGUCUUCAGCUGACUUAAACUGGUUGUGAAGUCUCACUCACUGAUAUCAGCUACACAAGUAGUGGUUUUCCCACCACCAGUUGUUAGUUACUAGUGCAAAUUUGCUAAGGAAAAAUCGGGGGAUCUCAUGUCACCCCACAGUGCUGUCUUUCAAAUAGUGGUGAUAUGACAGGGAGUCACACCCUGGCUCACAGGCAGUUGUAGUUUUAUUCGCAGCUGAAGAGUUAUGUGGAGCUUUUCAUGUAUUACUCUGUACUGAAUUACUAAAUUACUCUCUACUGAAACAACCUAGUUGGUCAAAUGUAUCUGUAUCUUUGAACAUGUCGAUUUUGUGCAUGAGUCUGGCAUUUGUAUGGGGAGCUGGGUGACACUGUAAUUCUGAGUGUCCAGCAGUGAUUUGGCAUAUGUGUGAAGUCUGGGCAGCUUGUUCUUCUGGCUCUUGUUGCCACUCUGUUACU